UUUGUCGUAUGUAUAAAUAGUCAGAGCCUGUCGUGGGUGCUUUCAUUCUCUUGUAGUGUUUGAAGUGACAUGAAAGUGACGACUUUGGGACACUGCAAUAAGUCAUGUAUCAGCAUGUCCAACCAAGCAACACAAAUCAUAUUUAUACCGAUGGACAUAAUGUGCCAACAAAAGCCACGAGCAACGGCACAGGGACAAUGUGCACCAAUGGGUCUCUUGGAACAGAAGGGCCCGAAGCGACAGAGACCGACUCAUCAGGGACCGGGCGGAUGCGGAAGCCGCUGGAGAGGAAUGGCUCAACGCAGAACGACACUGUUCACCUCGAGAGAAGGCUGGGCCUCUUCAGUGGGGUGGCUUUAAUUGUCGGAACAAUGAUAGGGUCUGGAAUAUUUGUGUCACCCUCCGGUUUGCUAAUUCGCACCGGUUCCGUUGGAGUUAGCUUCAUAAUCUGGCUUGCCUGUGGCCUACUGUCACUAUUGGGCGCCUUGGCAUACGCUGAGCUUGGUACAAUGAAUACCUCAUCGGGGGCGGAAUGGGCCUACUUUAUGGACGCCUAUGGACCGGCACCGGCAUUCCUCUUCUCAUGGGUAUCGACAUUGGUAUUGAAGCCAUCUCAAAUGGCUAUAAUAUGCCUUUCGUUUGCACAAUACGCCGUCGAGGCGUUUGUCACGGAAUGUGAUCCGCCGAGGGGUGUUGUGAAAAUGGUUGCAUUGGUAGCGAUCGUGAUGAUUCUGUUCGUCAAUUGCUACAGCGUUAAUCUAGGCAUGGCCGUUCAAAACGUAUUUACGGCAGCCAAACUUGUGGCAGUGCUUAUUGUGAUUUGCGGCGGCGCUUGGAAGCUAUUCCAGGGCAACACGCAGCAUCUGUCGAAUGCAUUUAAUGGGCCGAUGCCAAAUAUUGGCGCCAUUGCGACCGCAUUUUAUACGGGCCUUUGGGCCUACGAUGGCUGGAACAAUCUCAACUAUGUGACCGAGGAGAUUAAGAAUCCCAGCAAGAAUUUGCCGCGCUCGAUAAUUAUUGGUAUACCGUUGGUAACCCUUUGCUAUGCUCUGAUCAAUAUCUCAUACCUGGCAGCCAUGUCCGAACAGGAAAUGAUCGAGUCCGAGGCGGUCGCUGUCACCUUUGGCAAUCGCAUCUUGGGUGCACUUGCUUGGCUAAUGCCACUUAGUGUCACAGUCAGCACCUUUGGCAGCGCUAACGGUACACUUUUUGCUGCUGGACGCCUCUGUUUUGCGGCCAGCAGAGAGGGUCACUUAUUGGAUAUUUUGUCCUACGUACAUGUGCGUCGCUUAACUCCAGCACCAGGCCUCAUAUUCCACUCAUUAAUUGCUUCGGCAAUGGUUCUCCAUGGCACAAUUGAUUCGUUGAUUGAUUUCUUCAGUUUCACUGCAUGGAUAUUUUAUGGUGGCGCCAUGUUGGCUCUUAUCGUGAUGCGCUACACCAAACCCAACUAUCCACGGCCAUACAAGGUGCCAAUUAUCAUUCCGGUUGUGGUCUUGGUUAUAUCUGUGUAUCUCGUUGCUGCGCCAAUCUUUGAGACACCGCGCAUCGAAUAUUUGUACGCACUGCUGUUCAUAUUUGCAGGACUCAUAUUUUAUGUACCUUUUGUCAAACUGGGAAUGACACCACGCUUUAUGAACAAGGUGACACUGUUUUUCCAAUUGCUACUGGAGGUUGUGCCAACAUCAUCGAUGGCCAUGUUCGAAUAAUUACGUUCAUCAUGUGCUCAAUCUUAUCUAAAUGUUUUAGAUGCAAAUGGGGCAACAAUAUGUAUUUACUUUUGUAUAAUGUAAGCUGAAGAACAAACCAAGCAAAAACAAAACUACUAAGCAAAGCAAAGAUAUAUUUACACAUAUUGGUAGUAAAAAAAAAAGAAAAGAAAAAAAAAAGAAAAA